CCGCGGUUGUGUAAGCGCUGCUCGGGGCGCCGAGAGGCCUGAGCUCCGUGAGCUCCGCGUCCCCGCGGCCGAGCCAUGGCCUGGGCGGCGGGCGGCGGGGCCCGCGGCGCGCUGUCGGCGCACACGCUCCUGUUCGACCUGCCGCCCGCGCUGCUGGGCGAGCUGUGCGCGGUGCUCGACAGCUGCGACGGCGCGCUGGGCUGGCGCGGCCUCGCGGAGAGACUCUCGAGCAGCUGGCUGGAUGUUCGUCACAUUGAAAAGUAUGUAGACCAAGGUAAAAGUGGAACAAGAGAAUUACUUUGGUCCUGGGCACAGAAAAACAAGACCAUCGGUGACCUUUUACAGAUUCUCCAGGAGAUGGGGCAUCAUCGAGCUAUCCAUUUAAUUGUGAACUAUGGAACAGCCUUGAAUCCUUCAGAGCAGAGUCAUCAGAGAGAUGGAUUUCCAAACAUGUUACCCAAGGAAACAGCCAAUGUCACAACGGAUAAUGUGCUUACUCCUAAACAUAAUGAAAAAGGAAUAUUGUUUAAAUCCUCCAUCAGCUUUCAAAAUAUCAGAGAUGGAACCAAAAAUUUCCACAAAGACUUCCUAAUUGGAGAAGGGGAGAUUUUUGAGGUAUACAGAGCGGAGAUCCAAAACCGAACAUAUGCUAUUAAAUUAUUUAAACAGGAGAAAAAAAUGCAAUGUAAGAAACAAUGGAAGCGGUUUUUAUCUGAGCUUGAAGUUUUACUACUGUUUCAUCAUCCAAACAUACUGGAGUUGGCUGCUUAUUUUACAGAGAAUGAGAAGUUCUGCUUGGUAUAUCCAUAUAUGAGAAACGGAUCCCUUUCUGACAGAUUGCAGUGUGUAGGUAACACGGCCCCACUCUCUUGGCACAUUCGAAUCAGUGUUUUAUUGGGAACAGCCAGAGCCAUUCAGUACUUGCACAACACGGAGCCAUGCUCAGUCAUCUGUGGCAGUGUAUCAAGUGCAAACAUACUUUUGGAUGAUCAGUUUCAACCCAAGCUAACUGAUUUUGGCAUGGCGCACUUCCGACCCCACCUGGAACACCAGAGCUGUACCAUAAGCGUGGCCAGCAGCAGCAGUAAACAUCUGUGGUACAUGCCUGAAGAGUACAUCAGACAGGGCAAACUUUCCAUUAAAACGGAUGUCUAUAGCUUUGGAAUUGUAAUAAUGGAGGUUCUAACAGGCUGUAAAGUGGUGUUAGAUGAUCCAAAGCAUAUCCAGCUGAGGGAUCUCCUUAUGGAAUUGAUGGAGAAGAGAGGCCUCGAUUCAUGUCUUUCAUUUCUAGAUAAGAAAGUGCAUCCCUGUCCUCGGAACUUCUCUGCCAAGCUCUUCUCUUUGGCAGGCCAGUGUGCUACCUCGCGGGCAAAGUUAAGACCAUCAAUGGAUGAAGUCCUAACUACUCUUGAAAGUACUCAAGCCAGCUUAUAUUUUGCUGAAGAUCCUCCCACCUCCCUAAAGUCCUUCAGGUGUCCUUCUCCUCUCUUCUUGGAGAACGUACCAAGUAUUCCAGUGGAAGAUGAUGAAAACCAGAAUAAUCAUUCACUGCCUCAUGAUAAAGGUUUGAGAAAAGUUGGAGUGACUCAGAAAGUUCCAUUCGAAUGCAGCCAGUCCGAGGUUACGUUUCUGGGCUUUGACCGAAAGACAGGCAGUGAGAGGAAUGAGGAUACCUGCAACAGGCCCAGUUCUUCUUGUAAAGAAAGUGGGUCUCCAAAGCAUGUAGCUCUAUCCCAGGACCCAGGGGCCUAUGGUACGGAUAUGGACCCUUCUGUAGAAGCUCCAGGCCAUUCUUACAGGAGCAGGCCAGUGGAGACCAGCUGUUCCUGUGAAUUUUCCUGGAACGAAUGUGAACAGUAUAAAAGGGAAUCGAUUUCACCAGACGAUAAAGAAGAAAGCAAGUAAUUGCUAAGGCACCCGAGGACAGGUAUCGUCUUGGGAAAACAUUGUCACCAUAAGUGAUGCUAAGAGGACUAUCGAUGGUGAGUUUGGGUGAUGCAGGUCAACAAUUUGGACGAUGUUAUUCCUUCCUUCCCAAUUCCCAAAACAGAGUGGCUCAAACCUAGGCUAAGUUAGAGCCAUUCAAAAUUACUUAAGAUCAUGACCUUUGACUUCAAACAAAACCUACCAAAAAGGGACUGGAUUCUGUUGUCUUCGUCAUCAUCAACAUGAGCCCUCAGAUCCUCCAGUCUGCUAUGUACGGUCAGUUCAGUUAGGUUCCAUUGUUCUGUUUAGCUUGCUUGAGACGGUUGUAGGAAGUGUCUAAUUUGUAAAUGUUAGCAGAUGCCUUUUUAAAUAAUUGCCCUUUUGUUUACUUCAGUUAACCCUUAGUAUUUUUUCUGUUCAUCCCUGUCUGAAAAUGAGCUAGAUUUGCUCCCGACUAUGACAUGUUCUGUGGAAAGAGGGAAUUCGUGCCCAAGAUCUGUAUUUCUCUAUUUAAACUCUUAGGAUAGUUUAUCAUGUAUCAUAUAGUUGUUGGCUAUUGUUACAAUUUUUUUUUGCAAACUAUUAUAUCUUGAGUAGAAUGUAUAAAAUUUUAAUCAGUUAAUUUUUAUUUCUGAGAAAAUCGCUGGUCACAAGGGCCGAUGUCAGCUUUUAGUUUGAUUCUAUACCAGCCAACUCUGUGCCUCUACCUCCUGUUUACUGGAUCUCCCCCUGUGGAAAUCCUACCCGUCCUUCCUACCCUGUGGAAAUCCCACCCGUCCUUCCCCCUGUGGAAAUCCUACCCGUCCUUCAAGGCUCAGCAGAAGUGCCUCUUCCAGGAAGCUUCCUAAAUCUCUCCACCCAGAAGUACUGACUUCAUCAGCAUUGCCACAGCAUUGUUUUUGUGUUUCUAUCUUAUAUUUGUUACUUUCUGAAUUAUAUCAAAGUUGCCUGUGCCAUCCAGUCUCUCUGACUGGCUUGUAAACUACCUGUAUUAAUUUCCUUUUGUUGCUAAACAAAUUAUAACAAACUUACUGGGUUAAAACAGUGUAAGUUGGGGUGCCUGGCUGGCUCAGUUGGUAGAGCAUCUGACUCCUGAUCUUAGGGUUGUGAGUUUGAGCUCUACAAUGGGUAUAGAGAUUACUUAAAAAAACAAAACAAAACAACAACAACAAAAAAAACCAGACAAACAAAACAAUUUAGUUAUUUUACAGUGCUGAAGGUCAGAGGUCCUUGACAUUCUUUCUGGAGACUCUAGGGGAGAAUUUGUCCCCUUGCCUUUUCUAGCUUCUAGAGACUACCUGCAUUCACUGACUCGUGGCCUCUUUCUCCAUUCUCAGAGCCAGUAUGUGGCAUCUUUGAAUCUUUGAAGAUUUCUCUUUCUUUCUCUCUUUGAUCUUUUCUUCAUCACCUCUUUCUCUUACUUUGGGCCUCCUGCUUCUCGUAAGGAUCCUUGUGUUUGUGUUGGGCCCACUCAGAUAAUCCACAGAAAUCUCUGAAUCUCAGGACACUUAAUUUAAUCACAUCUGCAAUGUCUCUUUUCUCCUGUGAAGUCAUUCACAGGUUUCUGGGAUUAGGACAUGGAUAUCCUGCUGGGGGGGAGGGGAGGACACAUUACUCUGUCACAUUCCCUGAGUGUGUAAGGAGUCAUCUCUUCAAGGCCCACAUUAGCCUGUACAGAGCUGUUGUUUCCUUACAAGUGAAGUUGAAUUAAAUUAUCUCUAAGAGGGAUCUCUGGGUGGCGCAGCGGUUUGGCGCCUGCCUUUGGCCCAGAGCGUGAUCCUGGAGACCCGGGAUCGAAUCCCAAGUCAGGCUCCCGGUGCAUGGAGCCUGCUUCUCCCUCUGCCUGUGUCUCUGCCUCUCUCUCUCUCUGUAUAACUAUCAUAAGUAAAUAAAAAAAAAUUAUCUCUAAGAACCCACAUAAUAAGAAAUUCAGCUAUGGUAAACAUUGCUGAAUAAAGUGGGGAUAAGGACUGUCUUCAUGAUGAUGAAUAGAAAUACUCCACAAAAACCAUUUCCAUAGGAUUAAUGGAAUUUCCUUCUCUAGCACAUUUAUAAUAAAAGGGUAGACCUCUAGCCUUCUAUAGACAUUUUUUUCUUUUUCUUUCCUUCCUUCCUUCUUUCCUUUCUUCCUUUAUUUUUUUAUUAUUAUUAUUUUUGGUGAGUUAGUACAGUUAGGUUAAUCAUAGUGAGAUUGGAGGCCAGAUUUCAGAUUUAAGAACAAAUGAUUAAAGAAGAAAGUCAUCAGGAAUCAGGGUCAGGUUAAGAGACCAAGGUCAGAAACAUGAAGCUAUAAUUCUGGGAAAAAGGAUCUCAUGAUGAGGUUCAAAUAGAAUAUGCCUUAGUCUGAUUGGCAGUCCACAUAAAGGUCCAGGUAAACAGUUGAGAGAAGUCAUGCUCAGGCUGGCCCUCACGUGCCCUGACUGCCCUUCACUGUCUUGCCCAUAUGUUCAUGGCAUGUGUUGACAAUGCUCCCAAAUCGCCCAUGUGCCAAAAUUAGUAGGGACAAACAGUUGGACCAGACUUUGUAUGAUUUCUUGUGAUCUGUCCUAGUUUGGCAGCUCUCGAUUAUACAUGUUAAUGAAAAGAAGUAUAAAAGCUUUUGGUGUUUGGCUUUAUAUAUUAUAAACCAUCAGGAUUUAGCUUAUCUUAGAAACAUAAUCUGAAACUAUUUUGGCCGAAUUGGGGAAAUUAGCCUGGCAUUGUGUGAAGUUGCCACUAGUAAUUCAAAAGAAGUAAUCAAGACGAUCAAGAAUUGACUUUAUGUUGAACUGUUUUUCGCCUUGAGUCUGGACCUCCCAGUACCCUCGGUGAGAGGUCAUAAAGGGAGCUGUGAUGAACACCAAGCCUGAGCCAUUACUUGGCACAUGGAAUUAUGUUGGAAUUAUGUUGAUUUGAAUUCGCUUAGCAGUGUUUCCCAAACUUCAGUGUGCAUCCAAAUGAUGCGGAAGUCUUGUUAAGAACAAAUUGCUGAAAACAAAAAACAAAAAACAAAUUGCUGGACCCCACUCAGUUUCUGAUGCAGUAGUUCUGGGGUUAGGAAUUUGGCUUUCUAGCAAGUUCCCAGAUACCGCUCAUGCUGCUGCUGUUCAGACCACUCUUUGAGAACCUCUGCCUUAGAGUGUUCUCAAAUAGUCAUAGAUCAGUACCUUUCCAUCUAGGUGUAUGGUUUUUGAGAGAGUAAUCAUUUAAAAAAAUUCUUUUAUAUUUGCCCUCUUACUUAAGCUUUUAGUUAUUUGGAGUAGGAGCUCUAGAAAUAUUGUUAAUCAGUCAUCUUUUCUGAUGUGGUCACCUUGCUAGGGUAUGACUACUUUGUACAUCUUAAAGAACAAGUCAGAUUAUCUGGCAAUAACCUGAUCAAUGAUAUGGCAGGCAGAUGCCACUGUGGCUGAAAAUUAAAAGAAUCUUCUAUUAAGUAAACUAGUCCUCCUUGAUUUGCCUUCUGGUGUGUUAAUACAGGGUCAUUGAUAGGAAUUAAAUCUUGCACACUGCUCUGGGCAAUAAGAGAGGACCUCCAUGGCUUCAUGAUUUGGAGACUCAGGUACAUGAAGAAACCAAGAAUGAGCCUUCAAGUGUUCCCUUUGAUCAGCAAAGAUCAAUUAGUAAAGAAUUUCACUCAUUUUUCACCUAUAUAAUGCACCAUGGGCAAUCCCCUAGGCCAAUCUUAUUUACUUGUUAGGUUUUUUGGCCUCACUUUAUAAUGUCCCAAAGCACAGGGAAAAUAUUUCGUGGUCUUUGAAAACAGGUAUGGGACUUCUGGCAUAAUCACCUUUAUUGACUUCUUGAGAAUUGUUAUAAUGAUCCGAAACUCGCUGCAUUAUCGUAUAGCCUCAUGGGAUGGUAUGUUAGCCUGUGUAAAACAGCUUCUAUGACUUGAGAUGUGGUGAGUCUAGGAAAUGAGGGUUAGCCUGAGUAGCAUUUAUCAAGCACUGUGUUGGCUCCUAGGACACUGAGGAAGGAGGAAAGGCAACUAGCCAACUCAACAGUUUGGUAACAUCUGGUAUUUGAACCACAAACCAAUGGAACUGAAAAUAAAAGGGUAAGGAGGUUACUGUGUACUUAUAAGAGAGGAAGGAAGGUUUCUUGGAGAAGCUUGCUGGAGAGAGAGAGGGAGGAAGAGAAAUAGAAAAGGGGGCCCAGGAUGGACAUCCAGAGGUUUGGGGGCCAGGAGCUCUCAGAACUCCACACAACACAGGCCCUGGGGCUGGAAGGAUGGGCAAGGGCAAAGGGAGCUGGGUCCAGAGGUUUCUGUGUUUUUUCCCUGUUUAGCCUUCGCAGCCACCCCAAAGAUCUGAAUCCCAUUUUAGAGGUGAGAAGACUUAUUUACAGACGGUAAGGAACAUGCCUGAGGCCCUCCCAUAUCUGGGAGAGCCCGGAUUUGAAUGCACAUCUCUCUGGUUUCAAGGCCCACACCCUUUCUCGUACUGCAUGUUACAGAGAAGCCCCCACAGAUCCAAGCUCUUAUGAAAAGGCAUAGAUGUCAUUUGUUGAAUCCACAAGGUUUCAGUGAGGACACAAGGCUUGACAUGUCUUCCGCCUUUUUUCACUAUCCUGCUUCUCUGUUAACAGUUAUCCACUUUGUCAUUAGAUGUGAGUUAAAUAUAUACACUGAUCCAACCAUUCAUUCUUUGAAUGAACAUUUAUCAACAUUUGUGUCAGGCACUGUUCUGGGGAGCUGGGGACGCAGUGAAGAUCACACCCAACAAAGAUCCCUGAUCUCAUGGAGCUUAUGUUCAAGGGAAUAAAUGAAUGAAUGGAUGAAAGGAAACACCAUUCCUUUAAUCUCAAUUCUUUUUUUUUUCCGUAUCAUUAUUUUCAAUGUCCAAUGUUUAUAAUAUGAGAACUGGGGCUUUCUCCUCAACUCAAGUUUAUAAAUUUUCAAUUGGCUUGUGAGGCCAAUAGGAAUAUUUAUUCUUGUCUAAUUUGGUUUCUGGGAAGACUUCAUUCAGGUCCUCAGUGGUCAUCUGAUCAAAUGGAAUUAUGUUCUUCAUCUUCUCCAGCUCUUUUUCAUAUUCUUCAAUCCUGGCCUUUGAGAGGGACGAAAACUCAGCACAGCUUUUCACAUCUUCUUUUUCCUCAGCAUCCACCUGGACAGUGUAUUUAUCCUCUGGCACAGGAAACUUCAGGGCAUUAAACUUCUUCUCAAAGUCAUCUACCAAGCCAGCCUUUGCCACAUUGGCCUUGUAGUAAGCCCAGUCGAUAGCAGGUGGUUUCUCAGGAAGAGUAGCCAACCUGGAGGUAAGCAUCUCAUUCCAGGAUUUCAGGGAGUUGGCAAUGGCCUUCUGGUUUCGGGGUAUGAUCUCCCCAAAAGCUACCCAGUCAAUGGUUUUUAGAGCAAGUUUUUGCCCAGCCAUCUUGAGAUCCUUCACCGACCCCCUUUCAUCUCAAUUCUAAUGCUCACUGGUGGCUCUCCAGGAGACCAGCCUCCCUGAGCCAUCUCGCAGAGAGUGUUGUCUGGACUUAGACUCUGGCUUCUUCGCCAGCUCUUUCUAGGGGUUCACAGAGACUUCUCCUUAUCCUGUUUUACAGCUAAUGUCUCUACAGUGGCUUGUUGCUUUGCUAUUAGUGUGCAGUAGGCAGGAUGGCAUGGUUUGCAGCCACCGUAACAGACCUUCUUCUUCCAUUGACCUAUGAUUUCUUCAGGAUAUUUAUUUGGCUACUCGUGGCAUCUUCAACUGGGUUCUUCUAAGGACCCGAAGCACCUACACAUGCCUCACCUCCCUAUCACUCCAAAAUGUAGUUAUUGACUUCUCUCUUCUCCACAAAACUGAAAAUUCCUUGAGAGCAGGGUCUAUAUCCUGCUCAUUUUUGUAUCUCUAACAACUAACAUGGUAUCUGGCAUGUAAUGGGGCCCAAUAAAUAUUUGUAAAGUGAAUGAACUAAAUAGUCCUUUAAAACAUCUUCAAAUCAUUGGUACCUAGUAUAUCAACACUGUCAUCUACAUUGUUCCCAAAGUGCCAUGUUUCUAAGAUCCAUUCUACUGGCAUUCAUUUGCCUAGAUGGUUCCAUACUGCUAUUUGUGGAUAAAAAGUUAUUAAUGUCAAAUAUUAAUAUCUGAGAUAUCUUUAAAAAGAGGAAUUAGACAUUGUGUACAUUGCUUACAAAUUUGCUUCAUGGUGGAAAAUAUUCCCAAACCAUUUCUAAGUAAUCACAGACCAGCAUCUUGAUAGAAGAUAAACUGAUACUUGUGAUAGUUUGUUUCCAUCUUUCUGUCAAAUUAUUUAUAAAUAUUUGAUGGUCUAUUGAACAUGACAUGCAAGUAUUUUCUUGGGAGACAUUUUUGCUCCAAAGACCUACAUUGCCUACCAAACUUUCACUUCAGUGCCUUCUUAUUGAUGUCAUCUGCCUCAUUGAAAGCUUUGUGGUUACCUCUACAAAGAGCAAGGGGAUAGUUCCAAAGCUCUUAAUUGGCUCCUUAAUUUUAAAAUUUCUUACAGGGACGCCGGGGUGGCUCAGCGGUUGAGCACCUGCCUUCCGCCCAGGACGUGAUCCUGGAGUCAUGGGAUCAGGUCCCACACUGGGCUCUCUGCAUGGAGCCUGUUUCUCCCUCUGCCUGUGUCUUUGUCUCUCAUGAAUAAAUAAAUAAAAUCUUUAAAAAAAAUUUCUUACAGAGCAACAUUAAUUGCAUGGAGGGUAAGCAGGUAGAAAGCUUACUUGUGGGAGAUUCAGACUCGGUUAACAUGGAAGUAUCUAGUAUGUGGUAGAUGCCUUCAUCACUUAGGCUUUGAAUGCCUAGUGAGCUGGGAAAGUUGACUCUUAUCUGGAGUCACACCAAUAUUGAAGUGGGGAUGCAAACUGAAAACUCUUUAUUCCUGAUUUAUUCAAAUCAGGAAAUACCUGCUCUGAAAAAGGGGAACUUAAAAAAUAAAGGCAUCCUCUAUUUGAGAAUUUUUUAAAAAGUAAA